UUUUCUGACCCCUAGUCAACAAGUAGAAGAAAGAGAAACCAGAGAAGGGACUGUCUGAGAAAGGACCGGAAAAUGCCCAGGACCGGAGACAGAAGCCAGGAGAGAGAACGUAAAACGGAGGACAUGAGACAUCUAUGCCAGUGCCCAACUCAUUCUCAUACCUACUCCCAAGCUCCUGGACUUUCACCUUCUGGGAAGACAACAGAUUAUGCCUUUGAGAUGGCUGUUUCAAAUAUUAGAUAUGGAGCAGGAGUUACAAAGGAAGUGGGCAUGGACCUACAAAACAUGGGAGCUAAAAAUGUUUGCUUGAUGACAGAUAAGAACCUCUCCCAGCUGCCUCCAGUACAAAUAGUUAUGGAUUCGCUAGUGAAGAACGGCAUCAACUUCAAGGUUUAUGACAAUGUAAGGGUGGAACCAACGGAUCUAAGCUUUAUGGAUGCUAUUGAGUUCGCCAAAAAUGGAGCUUUUGAUGCCUAUGUUGCUGUGGGUGGCGGCUCUGUCAUGGACACCUGUAAAGCUGCUAAUCUGUACGCAUCCAGCCCUCACUCUGACUUCCUAGAUUACGUCAACGCCCCAGUCGGGAAGGGCAUGCCUGUGUCUGUGCCUCUUAAGCCUUUGAUCGCAGUCCCAACUACCUCAGGAACUGGAAGUGAAACUACCGGGGUUGCCAUUUUUGACUAUAAGCACUUGAAAGUGAAAACUGGCAUUGCUUCAAGAGCCAUCAAACCCACACUGGGAUUGAUUGAUCCUCUGCACACCCUCCACUUGCCUGCCCGAGUGGUCGCUAACAGUGGCUUCGAUGUGCUUUGCCAUGCCCUGGAGUCCUACACUGCUCUCCCCUACCACAUGCGAAGCCCCUGCCCUUCAAAUCCCAUCUUGCGGCCAGCCUACCAAGGCAGUAACCCGAUCAGCGACAUUUGGGCCGUCCACGCACUGCGGAUCGUUGCUAAGUAUCUGAAGAGGGCUAUCAGAAAUCCUGAUGAUCUUGAAGCAAGGUCUAAUAUGCACUUGGCAAGUGCUUUUGCAGGCAUUGGCUUUGGAAAUGCUGGUGUCCAUCUGUGCCAUGGAAUGUCUUAUCCAAUUUCAGGUUUAGUGAAGACGUAUAAAGCAAAGGACUAUAAUGUGGAUCACUCACUGGUGCCUCAUGGCCUUUCUGUGGUACUCACGUCCCCAGCGGUGUUUGCUUUCACGGCCCAGAUGUUUCCGAAGCGGCACUUGGAGACGGCAGAAAUACUGGGAGCUGACAUCCACACUGCCAGGAUCCAAGAUGCUGGGCCUGUGUUGGCAGACACACUCCGGAAAUUCUUAUUCGAUCUAGAUGUUGAUGAUGGCCUAGCUGCUAUUGGUUACUCCAAGGACGAUAUCCCUGCGUUAGUGAAAGGAACACUGCCCCAGGAAAGGGUCACCAAGCUUGCACCCCGUCCCCAGUCAGAAGAGGAUCUGUCUGCUCUGUUUGAAGCUUCAAUGAAACUGUAUUAAUUGUGAUUUUAACUGAAAGAAUUACCAUUGGCCAUUGCAGUUUUGAAAACAGAAGAUAAACGAGCUAGAACAUUGUCUUCCCAUCAGCACCAAUUCUUAACCUGUUAGAGGUUCGAAAGUGAUAUAAAUUUACCUUGCUGAAGAUUCCCUGAUGCUUGGAGACAGGGUACCUUUGUAAAUAAGCUGGACAACGUCAGACCUCUGAACUAAGACCUUGGGGGUCUGUGUUUCUGCCCCAAAGCCCCGGAAUACUCUGCCCCUGCUCCACGUAUCAAGUGGGCAGAAACUCAGCAUCUAUGAAAAAUGUGAAUGUACUGAUUUUCCACCCAGUAACUGCAUGUUGAGAAAUUUAUUCUUAGGGACCAGCAGGUGGUGUAGUAGUUAAGGAACUGAACUCCCAAGCCAACUGUCGUUCAAGUCCCAGACCC